UGGUGGGUGAGCGUGAGCGUGAGCCGGCUGCUGAAGACUUGCCAACAGUUCCGAGUCAGCGAGAGCGCGCCAGAGAGAGCGAGAGUGAGGGAGUGAGUGCGAGGGGAUCUAGAGGAGUCAGGGCGAGAAAGCGAGGGCCCGAGGACCCACGAUUGAGACAGAGUGACCAUGGCUGUCUCCGCAUCUCCAGUGAUCUCUGCAACUUCCAGCGGCUCAGGCGUCCCGGGGGGCUUAUUCCGGGCCGAACCCCUGUACUCGACUCCCGGGGAGCCCCCUCGUCUCACUCCUAAUAUGAUUAAUAGUUUCAUGGUUAAUAACCAUAGCAGCAGUGCCGGAGGUGGCGGGGUCGGUAGUGGCGGCGGCGGCAGCGGCAACACCAACACCAACGAGUGCCGCAUGGUCGACAUGCACGGGAUGAAGGUGGCUUCGUUCCUGAUGGACGGCCAGGAACUGAUCUGCCUGCCGCAAGUCUUUGAUCUUUUUCUCAAGCACCUGGUGGGAGGCUUGCACACUGUGUACACCAAGCUGAAGAGACUGGAUAUAUCCCCCGUGGUGUGUACUGUCGAGCAGGUCCGGAUCCUCCGCGGGCUGGGGGCCAUCCAGCCCGGGGUAAACCGCUGCAAACUCAUCACCAGGAAAGACUUCGAAACUUUGUUCACCGAUUGCACCAAUGCCAGAAGGAAGAGGCAAAUGACAAGAAAACAAGCUGUUAACAGUUCAAGACCUGGCAGGCCCCCUAAGCGUUCUUUGGGAGUGUUGCAGGAAAAUGCCCGCCUUCUACCCCAUGCAGUCCCAGGCCUCUUAUCGCCAGGACUUAUCACUCCGACAGGUAAUAAAAUCCAUCUGAUGAUCAGCCAUGUCUCUUCAGAAGAAGAAGGUGCAGGUGGCCAUUGUCCUGCACGAUGUCUUAGUGUCUUUCAUUGA